AUGCAGACGAGCGUCAGACUUUUGUUGCCCGGAGAACUCUCCAAGCACGCAGCCACCGAAGGAGCCAAGGCGGUGGAAAACACUGCAGGCGAAUCUCUGUUUGAUCCCUGUUCGAUUUGUGCCGACCGCGAUCCGUGA